GUGUAAAGAAGAAUCAGGACCAAUAGUCGAUGAGAAUAUGGCUGUUAACAUCAAAGAAAAAACAGACUGGGAGGAUAGGAGACACUUAGCCAUGGUUAAUGUAAAAAGCUGCAAAGAUGAUUUAUGUGACAGUACAAUUCCUGUGACUGAAGACCAUGUGCUACAAAGAAAUAAUCAACAGCCAGAAUCAAAAGUAACUGGACUUUCAAAAUGGAAUAAAUUCCUUUUAUCUGACAAGAGUUAUAAUAUUGACAAGACAGGUGGAAGGCAAAGGACAUCAGACAAAACACAUCCUGCAGGCACAAGUGAUGAAAGAGCCAGCACUUCUAGUGCUGGGUGUGGUAACUGGCAUCUCAAACCACAACAGAAUGUAUUAACCUACUUUGAGAGAGCAAAAGAUUCUGAUCACCUUGGGACAAGCAACAAAUACUCUGCAGGUUUGGCUACUUGUCAAGAUAAGGCACAACCUGCAGAAUUUACCACUACUUCAGGGUCUUGCACUCCCGUUAAAUCAAACCUUUAUGGAAGUCUUUUUUACACAGGGGAGGAUUUUGAUGAUGAUAUUUAAGGCUCUACAGUGAGAUUUGCUGAUUUUUUUCCACUGAGAUGGUUUAAAAUUAUAGCAAUAUGGCCUGCAUUUAAAAUCAGACAUUUCAAUGUUGAAUAAUAAAGUGGAUUAUAUUCCAGUCAUACUAUUUUAGGCAUGGCACAAAAAGGCUUUAAUUAUCAAUAGAGCUAUGCUGUAUUGUUAAUGGGACCAUUAUAAAGAAGCAUGGAAAGCAAAGGCUUUUUACAAAAAUCAAAUGUUUGAACAAUUGAUAGCUUAGAAAAGCUAAUAUUACUGGUACCUAUUUUAAUAAAUUGAUAUACCUCUAAUUAAACAAACUUGUUAUAAAUUCAAUAAAGAAGCACUAAAAUAAAAUG